AGAACUUUUUCAUGUUGGGCCAGAACAAAUACACAUGAUCUGAAGAGUACUAGUCUUCUUCUUUAAGGAAAACCUGGAAUUAGCCUGGCCCAAGCUGAUUUUAUACUUUAAAAUGAACUGGCAAAUUUUGAAAGACUUUUUCAUCUUGGGCCAGAACACAUACAGAUCAGAUGAAGAGAACUACUCUCCCACUUUGAGGAAAACCUGGAAUUAGCCUGGCCCGAGCUGAUUUUAUACUUUAAAAUGAACUGGCAACAUAGCAUACCAAUCCAUAAUGCACAAUUUUUUUUAUGUAAAGCUGAUGUUCUAGUGUGAUUUUGAAGGACUUUUUCGUCUUGGGCCAGACCAAAUACACAUGAUCUGAAGAGUACUAGUCUUCUUCUUUAAGGAAAACCUGGAAUUAGCCUGGCCCAAGCUGAUUUUAUACUUUAAAAUUAACUGGCAACAUGGCAUACCGAUCCAUAAGGCAGGGUCAAAUUCUCAGCCUACCAGUGUCAUACUCAUUUAAAUAAGGUGGGGUAUUGAAAUGAAUCACAAUUAGAUAAUCUUUAUUAAUGUACAUAAGCAAAGUAUACUGUUCAAUUAUCAUGCUUUACGUGUACGUUUGAAGACACAUGCAUCAUUUUUAUUUCUUUACUUAAUACAUCAAUUUUAGUCAGUAUCUUAGUAUCUUAUCCACUACCUCCUCUGAAUAUUUUUUCCUCUCCAAAGACACGUCUUAGUUUAUGCCUAUGAAUACAUAAACCUUGUUAAUAUGACAGGUAAAAAGUCAAAAUAUGUUUUUCAUGUAAAUUUAAAGUGAAUGGGGUAUAUUUAUAUGUUGAGUAUAUAUUUACCAAUAACAAAACUGUCUUGAUUACCUGUUGCCUUCACAUAUAGGAUAAAACAAUAAAAUGUGUUUACAUGUAAAGACAGUUUGUACAUGAGUACAAUAUUAACUGCAUGCAUUUAAGAUUGGAGAUAGAUAUUGUUAGAGACCACCUUUAGAAAUAAGAGAGAACUUUUCAGUGUUUCCACCCCUUCCAGAGCACAGACUGAAACAGUCAAUGCUGCGCACAGACCCUCAAGGAUUGCUUGAGCGUACACUCUGUCUACAUACUGUUAGAAGGAGAGUGUACAAUGUUCCUGCUCCAAAUUGCCUUUGGCAUAUCGAUGGGAACCACAAGCUCAUAAGGUGGCGUAUUGUCAUACAUGGAGCUAUUGAUGGCUUCAGCAGACUGGUGGUCUACCUGCAAGCUUCUGCCAACAACCGUGCAGACACUGUUUACAAACACUUCUGGCAGGCAACACAGAAAUAUGGCAUCCCGUCACGAGUACGUAGUGACAAGGGAGGGGAGAACAGAGACGUUGCUUCCUUUAUGAUUAGUACCAGUGGAAUGAACCGCAGUUCACACAUUGCUGGGAGAAGCGUGCACAAUCAAAGAAUUGAGCGCCUUUGGAGGGAUGUUUACCUCUGUGUAACAGAUCUGUUCCACACACUUUUCAGGAGUUUAGAGAGUGAGGGCAUCCUGUCUCCAGACAAUGACUUGCACAUUUUUGCCCUACACUGGGUGUUUCUUCCCAGACUACAGCAGCACCUUGAUUCUUUUGUUGAAGGGUGGAACAACCAUCCCCUAAGAACAGAGAGGAACCAGUCUCCUCAGCAGUUGUGGCACACAAACAGCAACAGUCCAGCCAGUCCAGAUCCACCACAGGUGGAUGAACUGUAUGGUGUAGACUGGAGGGGCCCACCUGGUGAUCGGGAUUUAGCCCUGGUCAUUCCUGAGGUGCAGCUUUCCAGGGUGCUAUCUCAAGAGGAGUUGAGCAGACUUCCUCAACAGAACAGCACUAAUGAUGACUAUGGAGUUGCUUCUUACAUUCAGGCCCUUGGGUUACUUACUAACUGGUUUGGUUGACCAAUGUCUUCAUGCAUCUCUUAAGACAGAUUUUUCUAUAUGCACACUUACCAGUGGAUUGUUGACAGUUUGUUUGUAUAUUACACAGUUUCUGUCAACAGAAUUUCUCAUACACACACACACACACACACAUCUCACACU